ACGACGCUGAGUGACGAGAACAAGCGGCGCGUCUACGACGAGUACGGCUCCAUGGGGCUCUACGUCGCCGAGCAGUUUGGCGAGGAGAGCGUCAAGUACUACUUCCUCAUGUCCAAGUGGUGGUUCAAGGCCCUGGCUGCGUGCUGCGGCAUCCUCACUUGCUGCUGCUGCUGCUGUUGCUGCUGCUUCUGCUUCGGGCGCUGCCGCCCGCCCGAGGAUGACGACGCCUACAAGUACGUCAACCCUGAGGACUUGGAGGCCCAGAUCCGCGCUGAGGAUGAAGAGCCCCGCAGACCUAUCGUGGCACAGCCCCCACCAGCAGCUACCAGAGCAGAGACCCCACCAAGCGCCAAAGCCCAAACAGAAAAAUGAGGCUAGUUCAUGUCCCGGCGCCUCCACCAGGACUCAGCGCGGGGCUCCCCCCCAGUUGUUGCUGCUUGGGCAUCCCUGUCCCGCUGCGCUGGCAGCACUGGCCCAGCAGCCUUGCCGCAGCAAGAAUCUCAGGUUAAAGGGGCCAGCGCCAGCCUGGCUCCCCAGGGCCCCCUGCUGCCUGAUCACACUAGUGGUUGUGGGGGCUGCAUAGUAGCCCGGAGCCCCCGGUACUGCGGCAGCUCCCCAUGCUUCCUUCACCAGCAGUGACACUGAGCCCCAUGGCAGGGGGUCGCCCUCAAGGCCCAACCAGAGACCCUGGCCGCAGCCCCACCCUGUGCCAGCCUGGCCCCCACUUUCUCCAGGGUGGGGCCUGGCCUACACAGCCUGCCUGAGAAGCGUGUGUGGAGGCCGGCUGGGCCGUACUCCGCCUGGGCAUGCGUGAGACCGGUAGCACUGUACCUGACCCCCGGGCCGGCAGCAGCAGGGCUCGGUGCCCCAGCAGGGCUCCUCUCUGCAUGCUGGGUGCCAAAAGCUGCUCCCGGGGGCGGGAGCACAGCCCCUUCAAUGUAGCACCCCCUUUCCUGCGCCCUGGUUCGGCCCUGUGGCCUGGCCAGCGCUGCCUGGCUCUAAGCCGCCACCCAGGCCCUUUGGUCUCACCUGGGCCCAAUGCAGCAGGGUUGAGGAACCUUUUGUAUGGAUUUUAUAGACACCAUUAAAGGAUGAGCGGAGGGCAUCUGCCUCACUGUGUCUGUUUGUCCUGGGGCUGGGUACCCCCUGCUUCUGCUGCCCGUGCUGCAGCCUCUGUGCCCUGGCCCCCCUGUCAGCAGGUCUCCAGUGCCCUCAGCCCAGGUCAUGCCCAUUGCACCUGCUCUGGGGGCUGCUUCUUGCACUUGGUGCUGGGUCCUGUUGUCUGCUUCAGCCCUGCUGCUCAUGCUGCGACUCACCCAGCCUGUGCCCCACACCCUGU